AUGUGCCUCCAGCGGAUACACUUUUAUUUGGCACUCACAGAUGCGUCUACCCUGACUAGCGUGAUCACACGUCACAUCACCGUCCUCGGUGGACGCUACAAAGGUCGUUUCUACGCCUGGGAUGUUUGUAAUGAGAUUCUCAAUGAAGGUACUACCACUCGGAUUGGCACAAUUGAACCACAGAUUGAUUCUUUCGGACCUAGAUGGAACAUUGCGAAGCACACAUUUGUGUCUAUCGCGUUCAAGGCCGCCCGUAGUGCGGACAGUACUGCCAAGCUUUAUAUCAACGGGCAGAUUCAAAUUGGUGGUUCUACCGGUAUGGUCAAUGCGCUCACGGUACUCGCUGCGUCCGGUGUAUCGGAGGUCGCCAUUACCGAAUUGAAUAUCCCAUCUGCCAAUCCUACGGACUAUGUGAAUAUCGUCAAAGCAUGCUUGGCUGUCUCUGCCUGCGUCGGCAUUACGAAUGAAUGUGUCAUCGACAGUGACUUUGGUUGGCGGACUUCCAAUCCUGCAUGUCUCUGGACUAGUGCCUACCAACCCAAGCCCGCUGUUAAUGCCAUAAUCAACGCCUUGAAGAUAGCCGAUGACCGAUCCACAUCUGGAUUUCAUUUCGACCUUCCAACACCGCUUUAUGCCCAAUCGAAUACGGAACCGUACUUUCUUCUGUUGUGA